AGUGCUAGAGCUAGCUACUGCUGUCAACCUAAUUAAUCAUUAACCGUUUAUUUGACAAAAUGGAUGUUUUCCAAGAGGCAAAAACAAAACCCAUUUCGAUUGUAUCCGUUUAUAGUUACAUUCCAUCAAGAAGAGCAGAGUCAAAAGAAACAACCUACUUUAAUUGUGAAUCCAAGUCACAGACCCAAGAGAUCACUGCGUACGACUGCUUGUACCGGCGGGCUGAGGGCUAUGAUAACAAACUGUACCGGGACGACAGACAACACUUCAAAGGCAGAGGGUUGGACUUUUACAGUGAGGAAUCCACCAGACCAGCGCCGGUGCUGUCUUCCUCAGAGUACGGAAGGCGUUUGCCCCCUUCCCUCUACAAACCAUGCAGACAAUAUGCCCGUGGGGAACUCAUACGAGCAGAAUUCUUCAGGAAAAAUGGGAUCUCUCGAUCAGUUGAGGAGGGUUAUGGAUCAGUUGUACCCGUUUAAAACUCACCUCUUCUAUGGGAAGUCCAUAUGUUGAUUUAGUCAGUGGGAUCAUUCGGAGGAGAGCAUGUGUUAGUCAAAGCUUACGUGCAAUGGCGUGUAAAGUUAAAUGUUAAUGGGAGACAGAUAGGACCAUUUAAAGCACUAUAAAUGACGUAUAUUUUAUUACAAAGUAUAUUAUCUAAUAUUUAUUUAAAAGAAUGCCGAAACAUGCAGGAAUUGUAAAUGACAUUUGGCCUAUAUGUUUCUAACAAAUACAGUACUCUAUAAAACCUUCUUCCUGUGUUGAAACUUGGCGCUAUUCACAGUCCUCCACAAAGGCACCAGGACACAGACUCAUAGAACAUCCAUUUAUAUACAAAUGUUUAAUGGAUACGAAAGGUUUAAUGGCAUCAAAACAUUCAGAUGAGUUCCCGUUGAUUUCAUGUUCAUAAAAAAGUCCAAGUUUUCC